GCGCGAGCGGCUUUCGUGAAGGUAUUGUGCAUUGGCCUUUAAACAGUUAUAACCUCAAAAUAUCUCCUUGGUACUGGUUUUGUCAAAUGCGAUCACAGACAGUUGUCGUUAAAAGUAAUUGUUCUAUUAAAUUCAUCAGUGAUUCAGGUAACAAUGGCUGUACCUUCGAAAAAAGCUAAAUUGUGGGGCGGAGACGAUAAUAUACAGGAUUAUGCUUCAAAAUUAAAGCUUUUGCGUAAUAAUUUUACUUGGACAAUUGAAAAUUUCGAGUAUAUUUGUCAAAAUAUGAAGGUCAUUAGAUCUCCGAGAUUUGUAUCGAAGCAUUCGAAAGAUGAAUAUUUUAUUGAAAUACAACCUACAGAAUUAAGAGAAGGCAACGAAGAUCUAUUAAAUAUUCGUUUCAUUUGCACAGAUGACAUUACAAAAUUUAUAUAUUUUAAAUUAAGAGUAGUCAGAUAUAUUAAUUAUCAGUAUGAUUAUAUUCGUACAUUUUACAAAGAACAGAAAGAACAAAAUAAUUGGGAAAUAAGUGGAUCAGAUUUAUGCAAGGCUUUUGGUAACACUAUACCUCAAAAUGUUUUAAUCAAAUGUGAGUUUAGUGUCAUUGAUACUACAAACACAAUAAAAAAAUCAAUAACUGACUUUCAAAAAUGUGAUGGACUGAUGGAAAAUAUUAAAAGUUUACUAAAAAAUGAAGAUUUCAAAGAUAUUAAGAUAAAAAUAGAGGAUAAAGAAUUCACCGCUCAUAAAAAUAUUCUUGCAAUUCGAAGUCCUGUAUUUGCGGCAAUGUUCAAGAACAAAAUGAAUGAGGAACUAACAUCCAUUGUUCAAAUAGAUGACAUAAAACCAACAUUAUUUCAACAAAUGCUGAAGUUUAUUUAUACGGAUCAAGUGGAAAAUUUAAAAGAAACAGCAUUCGAAUUAUUGUACGCUGCAGAAAAAUAUCAACUAGAUAAUCUGAAGUGUAUGUGCAUCAAGAGUCUAAAUGACAAUCUAUCUAUAAACUCAGUCUUUAAGACUUUGGAGGUUGCCGAAUUGUAUUCAAUCGAAUCGUUAAAAAAUGAAUGCCUCAAAUUUAUGUACGAGGAAAAAUUUGAUAUUUAUAAGACAAACGAUUUUCAAGAAUUGAUAAAAAUUCGUCCAAAUUUAUGGAUCGAUAUUUUGAAAAUGGAGAAAUUGCCAAAUACAGAAAAUGGAAACGUUGAUUGUUUUAAUAAUUGGGUUUACGAAUUGAAAUCAGAGACCGAAGCUGAACCAAAAGAAAAUUAAAAAUUCAAAGUUAGUGUAAUUUUGUAUCGACAAGAUUUUGAGUCAGCAAAAAACUGAACUUUCGAGACAAACCUAAAUUUGUUUUGCUUUAGGUCUCUUUUUUCUAACAAAUGAAAUGAUGGGAAUAAAUUUCUUUUUAUUUUUACAAAUUAUGAAUGUAGAGAAUAUUGUUAUUUCUUAUGUAAUAAUUAAUAAAAUUUAUUUCUGAAGAUUGAA